CUUUAGCUUUUCCAUUUUUUCCUCUGUUGUUGUUGUUGUUGUUGUGGCGGUUGUUGGUGACAACUUUUAUAGUUUUUUUUUUUUUUCCUUCUCAAAAUUAGGGUUUCUCUAGGGCGGCUAGGGUUUUUGACUCCCCCCACUCCAUCUCCUGUAUACACCAUUUUUCCAUAAUAGACUUCAUAUAGAUGUAUAUAUAUUUCAAGGUUCUUAAACUUUGUUCAUAGCUCACAAGUCACAACCUUUAGAAUUCCAUCUUCUUCAAUCUAGAGGGUCUUUCUGUUUUCUUUUGGUAAAACUCAUUUUGAGGACCAAUACCCAUCUGGGUUUCUUCUUUUGACUCUCUAAAUCUUUUGUUUGAUUUGGAUUGGUCAAUCUUUCCUCCCAAAGUUUCAAAUUCAAUUCUGGGUUUUCUUGAUAUUUCUUGAAUGCAAUCUUGUUUUCGGCCCAAUACUAAUCUGGGUUUUCUUUCUCGUUGUCUCAAAUUUGAGUAUUCUUCUUGUUGAAUUCAAUCUGGGGUGUUUGGAUUUCGUUCAGAAGAUUUCGAAUUUAGCAUUGUUUUUAUCUUGGUGGUGUUGAUUGAUCAUUAUCUGGUUAAGGCUACCUGAUUUUUCCUUGCUGGUUAGAUUGAUUCUUUGCCUAUUAAUUGAUUCUAGUGUCCCUUGAUGCCAAAGUAUUGAUCUUGAUCUGUUUGGUUGCAAGGAAAAAGUUUCUACUCGAUUUUUGUUUGAUUUCAGGCCUUGAAAAUUGUCAAUAUGAGUUUUCCUGAUCCUCACCCUCUGUUUAUGAUGCAAUCCCAGCAUUUUGCUAGUGAUGCCAUUGGUGUGUGGCCUCAAGCCCCAAUGAACAAUGACCAAUUCGACGGGCAUUCUCAACCUUUCAAGAGGCCCAGAAAUUCUGAGGACAAUUUAUCCGAUGCUUUGCCCUGUACACCAAUGAAUUCUAGGAUGAACCCCCCAAAUCCUCCUCCAAUCAAUAAAGGAACAAGCAAUAUUUUCUACAAGACUAAGAUGUGCACAAGUUUUAUUGCUGGUAUGUGUACCAAAGGUUCGGAUUGCAAGUAUGCUCAUGGAAUUGAAGAUAUGCGUCAACCUCCACCGAAUUGGCAAGAGCUUGCCGGUUUACGUGGGGUUGAAGAUAGAUCAUCUGGAAAUUGGGAUGAUGACCAGAUGCUAAUCCACAAGCUGAAGCUAUGCAAGAAGUUUUGUUAUGGGGAGGAGUGCCCUUAUGGUGAUAGGUGUAAUUUUCUUCAUGAAGAUCCGGCAAAGUUUAGGGAUGAUUCAAAGAGGUUUAGGGAGAGUUCAGUGAUUAGCAUUGGAACUUCCGGAUCAUCUAUGGCACACGGAAGUGUUUCUAACCAGUCUGAUGGUGGUAGGCUUGUGAACAAUGGUCCGGAUGCUUUUCGAGUAACUACAAGGCCCUAUUUGAAGACAAAGUUAUGUAACAGUUGGGAGAGAGGUCAAUGUCAUUAUGGUGAUAAAUGCCACUUCGCUCAUGGGCAAGCAGAGUUGCGAGUGGCUGUUGGACUUCUUGAAGGGGAUACGUUGAGUACUGGAUCCAUUCCCGUUUUGGCAAAACCCCAAUCUGUUCCUGCUAAUGAUGCGUCUCUAAUUAAAACAGGAAUCGUGCCUACUUUAACUGAAGAAGGGCAGCAGGGUAAGAAGUGUUUGUUGAAGUGGAAAAGACCCCAGAAGAUCAAUCGCAUUUAUGGUGAUUGGCUUGAUGAUAUGCCGCUAGUGCAACACCUGCCAAGCAAAGUGGAGAGCUGAGUUCAAGAUCCUGUGUAGGUUGAACUAAGAAAUUUUGAAGGGUCAUGCUCCCAAGAAUCAAGAUUUUUAGGAGAUUUCAAAGGGCUUGAAAGCGAGAGAAUUCUUUUUCAUUUUUAGUCUUUCUUCGUUGUUGGUUUGGGAACAGGUCAAUAGGUUUGUUUUUUUCAUUACUCCUCUUCCCCCUCCUCUUCUUUUCUAUGUGAAAUAUAGGUUAGCAAUUGGAAGUCGCUAUUGUCAUUAGAACAUCAAAUAACAGACCAUCGUUGGUCAAAUCAAAUGUAAUUCUCUCUUAUCAAAGCAAGAUAUUGCCUUUAAUUGUCAUCAAACAAGAAUGAAAAGCUUUACCCAACAUAGGUAAGCAACAUGCAGAGCACAAAAAUUUAUGCAGGAUUUGAGUUUGAUUGA